AUGGAAGUUCAAUCGCUGUUUAAUCCGGCACCUGAUCUCCAUAUCAUUCAUUUAAAACAAAUAAUACCAAUCGAGACUCUUCUCGAACCCCCAUUUAAAGGUGCUCAUCUCUAUCCGCCUGAGAAGAAAAAACUACCUUGGUACAAGAAGAAACGAACAAUAUAUGAAUUGAUUUUGGUUACUAUGGUCUGUAUCGCUGGUAUUAUUAUUGGUGGAGUAUUUGGUUCGAGACGUACCCCUCCACCUCCCAGUAUGUUGCAUCAGUUUUCAUAGAAAAAAUGUUUGCGUUUCGUUGUCAAGUUGAAUGAGCAGAGAAUAGAGAAUUUGACGCAUGAUACCAAACUCGAAACUAAUUGAUAUAUCAUCUCAACUUAAAUCUAUUUCGAAACUUUCACACUAAAUUUAAAUGCGUCGUGUUUAUGUGUCGUGAAUUAUUGUGUUGGGCACUCCAGCACAAAAAUGUGUCGUAUACGAAUUUGUCGUGUUCUUUCUGCUGACUAUUCGUUCAUCGUUUUGUGAUGCACACAUUGCGACAUAUAAACAACGCGGUUGAACGUACGAAAGAUAAAUUUUCAAAAUAUUCGUUUUUUCUAGAUUAUUUCUCGGUAAUUUUUUUGUCGAGAAAUUGCUAAUCUCAAUCCAUGAUCGAGAGAGGACUACCCUGAAGCGGUGUGGUACAAAUCGGAUCAACUCAGGAUCUGACCUGCUUGAGUUUUCAUAAUAGAAAUAAUUAAAUGGAAUUAAAUUGAAAAAAAAAUUGAAAUAUGCUUUUUCAAAAGAACCAAUAGGAAAUGUGUCGUACAAAAUGUGUCAUGGUCUUGCUGGAGAAAAUGUGUUGCAGUGAGCUCUUCAUGUCACACUUUAAUGUAUCGCAAAUCACGACACAUGCGACACAUUUUUACUUAGUGUGUUCCAUAAGUCGUGAUUCAUUCAGAGAAAUGUCAUCCUCUUUGAGCAGAUAUUACUUAGAAAUUAAUGAAUUCUUCUGAUGUUCUUUGAAAAUAAUCAUAAAUAAUGGGUCAUCUAUGAUGCCAACACACUUGCUAGUUUUAUUGGAUUUUAUUAAAUAUAUUUGAUUAUUUCUGAA